GUGCUUUGUAACCAUUCUCAUUCGCGAUUUUUCCAAAUAUGUUAAUUAUCGAAAUCAAAACACGGAAGUCGAAUCAACAUAAAGAAGAUACACAUGGACAUGAAUCGAGAAAUCGUUAAGGCGGGAUGGAUGAAGAAGAGAAGUAGCUUCCUUCAUCGAUGGGAGAAGUACUGGUUUGUUUUGUACUCGGAUGGCAAUCUAAGCUGGUUUGAAACUCCUGACAGUCUUCAACCAAAGAAAAUCAUCAACAUGCGUGCUGUGUGCACCGGCCUCCUGAUGGGCGAGCAGGUCCUGGUGAGCCCCCCAGAGGAGAUGCAUACAAAGAACUGCCUGCUGCAGAUCUUGGCCAGGGACAAUGUCCACAUAUACUUGUGUGCUGAGGAUGCUGAUGACAUGAAGACAUGGCAACUGGUACUGCAAGAGGCCAGGGUUCCAGGGCCAAACACCGGGGCUGUCUACCCAGGCACCACAGUUGUGUACCCGCAGGGCGUCACUCAUGGACCCCCAGGCACCACUGUGGUGUAUCCCCAGGCAGUGACACACAUGUACAGUGGCUACUAUGGGGGCGGUUACCCUGGUUACGUGAUCUCGCAGCCUGGACAGUCAGUGGUGACGGUCCCGAAUGCGGCCAAUGGGAACACUGUUAUUUUGGGUGGCCAGCCAGGUCAUGUGAUUGUUGAAGAGCCAAGAUACAUGUAUGGGAGGGGUUAUUACGGGGGGGGCUUCUAUGGUGGACCCUAUAUCUGGUUUUGAAAGUCACUGACAUGACAAGACCAUGACACAUGUUUGUUGGGAUGCAGAAUAGGAAUAUAGUAGAUGUGAUUCAAUGCAGAUUAUUAUCUGAGUUGAAACUUAUAAAUUGUUGGCUGGUAACAUUUUGCAUUAUUUUUUAUUGUUACUUAUUGUAUUAAUUGUAAAUAGAAGAUUUCUAAUAAUGAGUUUUUAUUACAGUUUGUAUGCAUGGAUUGUUUAAAGAACAAUAUCAUUGGUUUGAGUUAAGGCUUUGAAAGUCAUAAAUAAUCUUUAUGGAAGAUAAACAAGCUAUUCUAUUGAUUUUCUUAGAUGAGAUAUAAAUGAUAAAAAGGGUUAUUUAUUUUUUUGUUUCUUUUACCAAAUUGAUUUCAUGACAAAUUAUGUACUAAUAUUUAUAGAUGACAUUUUUUAUCUUAUUCUCUUUAUUAUUUGUUGUUUACAAUAGGCAUUUGUUUUUUGUUGUUGCAUUCUUUUGUUAUGAUUUGUUUAUCUUUGAUUGUUAUGUACAUUGUAAAUGUUUUUUAAUUGUACUAUUUUAUAUAAAUGUAUUUGCUUUUAUAUAUAAAUGUAAUUUUAUCAAUAAUUAUGCUUUUAAUUGCGUUCAGGGUUCUCAAUAACUUUUGAGCCAACAAGCCAAAAUGUAAAACCAACAGGCCUUCUAGGGGGGUCCGGGGGCAUGGUCCCCCGUAAAAUUUUAAAAUUGAGCACUUGAUUUCCUGCAUUUUGGGCCAUUUUAUGGCUAUUUUAAUGGUCAACCAGGCACUUAAAUUUGAGCGUUUUUUUUGCAUUUGGGACCAAAAUCCGGCCCUACAGGAAUGGGCGGAAAAGGCCUGAUCGUCCGCCUACCAUGCACAUUUUGCGUGACACUUCUAGUUUGAAACAUAACUGAAUUAAAACAAACUUUCACAACAGCAAAAACUUUGCAUUAACACAAAAAGCGCAAGCAAUCAGGAACAAAAACUCACCAUGUGCUGAAAAUAACGUCAAAAUAUUUGACUGCUUUUUGACCGAUUCCAAUUUUAGCCUUUUUAACCAUGUUUUCCGAAGGAAAAAACUGGUUAUUAGAUUGGCGAAUGCGGGCGGGCUGGCUGGCGGGCUGGCUGGCGGGCUGGCGGAACAAGCUUGUCCGGGCCAUAACUAUGUCGUUCAUUGUCAGAUUUUAAAAUCAUUUGGCACAUUUGUUCACCAUCAUUGGACGGUGUGUCACGCGAAAUAAUUACGUCUAUAUCUCCAAGGUCAAGGUCACACUUUGAGUUCAAAGGUCAAAAAUGGCCAUAAAUGAGCUUGUCCGAGCCAUAACUAUGUCGUUCAUUGUCAGAUUUUAAAAUCAUUUGGCACAUUUGUUCACCAUCAUUGGACGGUGUGUCGCGCGAAAUAAUUACGUCGAUAUCUCCAAGGUCAAGGUCACACUUUGAGUUCAAAGGUAAAAAAUAGCCAUAAAUGAGCUUGUCUGGGCUAUAACUAUGUCAUUCAUUAUGAUAUUUUAAAAUCAUUUGGCACAUUUGUUCACCAUCAUGGGACGGUGUGUUGCACAAAAGAAUCACGUCAAUAUCUCCAAUGUCAAGGUCGCCACGACUAAAAAUAGAUUUAUUUUAAAACAAACUUACAAAGGGUGUUAAUUUUGUUUGUUCAUUUAAAAAGUUCAGUUUGAGUUGUCUCCCUUUAUCAGAUUUUUUUUCACAAUGAAAACCUGGUUUUGUGACAAUUUUGUCCCUUGUCAUUGUUGUUGUUGUUGUAAUGCGUUAAGGGAGAUAAUCAAGCGACGUCUUUGCUUAAUAGCAAAAGGAGCAAAAUUACCGAAAAGACACGCAAAUUUCGAAAAGUCAUUAUUGCCGAUUUUCUGAAUCUGAGCGAUUUUCAACCGGCCAAAAUCUGAUUUCAACCGGCCGAUUUUGCCGGUGGCGGGCUCUUAUUGAGAACCCUGAUUGUGUUGUGUCAUAUUGUUGUGGCUAUGUAAAAUUUAAGAUUAAACAUUUCUCUAAAUCAUUUUUAUAAACUUUGCUACGUUUAAAUGUUGUUGUUUUUUUGUUAUAUAAUGUUGAAUUUAUGUCCUGUGCAUAUGAAAGGUUUAAUGUUCAUACAUAAACGUUAAUGUUUUUAAGCUCAUUUGAGCAAGAUAAACAUGGCAGCCAAAAACUGAAAUUUUUAGUUUUAUGACUAUAUCAAACAAUUUUAAAAUCUUUUCAGAAAUUGAUGACCCCAAUUAAUAUCUUUAAAGUUGUUUUGAUUUUGUUUAUUAAUUGACCCUAUUUUUUGUAUAAUUAACAUCGAUUUUGUUAACAGUGAUCAAGAACAGUAACUGUUAUAGUCUUCUUUUUAGCUCACCGGAGCACAACGUGCUCAUGGUGAGCUUUUGUGAUCGCCUUUUGUCCGUCGUCCGUCGUCCGUUGUGCUGCUUCAACAUUUGCCUUGUUAACUCUCUAGAGGCCACAUUUAUUGUCCAAUCUUCAUGUAAUUUGGUCAAAAGAUUGUUCUCAGUGAUAUCUUGGAUGAGUUCGAAAAUGGUUACGUUUGCUUGAAAAACAUGGCUGCCAAGGGGCGGGGUAUUUUUCCUUAAAUGGCUAUAGUAAAAUCUUGUUAACACUCUAGAGGCCACAUUUAUUGUCUGAUCUUCAUGAAACUUGGUCAGAAGAUUCAUCCCAAUAACAUCUUGGACGAGUUAGAAAAUGAUGCCGGUUGGUUGAAAAACAUGGCCGCCAGGGGGCGGGGCAUUUUUCCUUAUAUGGCUAUAGUAAAACCUUGUUAACACUCUAGAGGUCACAUUUAUUUUCCGAUCCUCAUGAAACUUGCUCAGAAGAUUUGUCCCAAUGAUAUCUUGGAUGAGUUCAAAAAUGGUAACCUUUGCUUGAAAAACAUGGCUGCCAAGGGGCGGGGCAUUUGUCCUUAUAUGGCUAUAUAUGUCUAUAGUAAAAUCUUGUUAACACUCUAGAGGCCACAUUUAUUGUCCAAUCUUCAUGAAACUUGGUCAGAAGAUUCAUUCCAAUAAUAUCUUGGACGAGUUCGAAAAUGAUGCCAGUUGGUUGAAAAACAUGGCCGCCAGGGGGCGGGUCAUUUUUCCUUAUAUGGCUAUAGUAAAACCUUGUUAACACUCUAGAGGCCACAUUUAUUGUACGAUCUUCAUGAAACUUUGUCAGAAGAUUUGUCCCAAUAAUAUCUUGGAUGAGUUUGAAAAUGGAAAUCUUUGCUUGAAAAACAUGGCUGCCAAGGGGCGAGGCAUUUUUCCUUAUAUGGCUAUAGUAAAAUCGUGUUAACACUCUAGAGGCUACAUUUAUAGUCAUAUCUUCAUGAAACUCGGUCAGAAGAUUCAUCUCAAUUAUAUCUUGGACCAGUUCAAAUAUGAUGCCUGUUGGUUGAAAAACAUGGCCACCACGGGGGCGGGGCAUUUUUCCAUUUAUGGCUAUCAUAUAGUAAAACCUAGUUAACACUCUAGAGGUCACAUUUAUUUUCCGAUCAUCAUGAAACUUGGUCAGAAGAUUUUUCCCAAUGAUAUCUUGGAUGAGUUUGAAAAUGGAUUUGGUUGCUUUUAAAAAAUGGCCACCAGGGGAGGGGCAUUUUUCCUUAUAUGGCUAUAUAUGGCUACAGUAAAACCUUGUUAACACUCUAGAGGCCACAUUUAUUGUCCAAUCUUCAUGAAAUUUAGUCAGAAGAUUGGUCUCAAUGAUAUCUUGGAUGAGUUCGAAAAUAAUUAUGUUUGCUUGAAAAACAUGGCUUCCAAGGGGCGGGGCAUUUUUCCUUAUAUGGCUAUAGUAAAAUCUUGUUAACACUCUAGAGGCCACAUUUACUGUCCGAUCUUCAUGAAACUUAGUCAGAAGAUUCAUCCCGAUAAUAUCUUGGAAGAGAACAAAGAUGAUGCCGGUUGGUUGAAAAACAUGGCUGCCAGGGGGCGGGGCAUUUUUCCUGAUAUGGCUAUAGUAAAACCUUGUAAACACUCUAGAGGCCACAUUUAUUUUCCGAUCUUCAUGAAACUUGAUCAAAAGAUUUGUCCCAAUAAUAUCUUGUUAUCUCAGGUGAGAGACUUUGGGCCUUUCAGGCCCUCUUGUUUAAUACUAGUAAUCUCCCUUUCUUUCAUUUCCAUAUAUUUUAUUCUCAACAGCAUAACUCCAACACUUAAUACCUAAUUGAUCCUUGAAAUAUAAAUAGAUAACACAGGGGCCAUGUUUUAAAAAUAUUAUUCUUCUCUCUAAAACAAAUGUUGUCAUACAAGCAAACACAUUUCGGCGGGGAUUUGGCACUACUGUGACAAGCUCGUAUUAUAUAUUGUAUUUUCUAUAAUGUUAUUUGCAAUUGAUUGUUCUUUCCGUUCAUUGAAAUAAACAAUGAAAAUGCC